AAAUAGAAUAAGUCGGGAGAAGUUAAAAGACAAAUUUUUUAAUUUUAGCAAAAUAAAAGUAAAAAAAAUAUUUGCAAAAAUAUUUGCUAUAAUAAAAAAGAAAAAGCUUUCUUAUCAUCAUACCAAAGCUCCGAAAUAUUUGAAAAAUGUUGAAGUUAUUUACAAUUUUUAUAGUAGUCGGCUUAGUAAAUUCCAACAAAAUGGAAGUGGAUAAAGUAUUUGUUGAAAAUGAAAUUGUACCUGAUGUUAUUGACGUUGCACCAAAAGAAAUAGUUGAGGUUUCGUAUCCAAGUGGAGCAAAAGUAAAUUUGGGUAAGGAAUUAACUCCAACUCAAGUCAAAGAUAUUCCUGAAGUAAAAUGGAGAAGCGAAUCGGAUGCUCUAUAUACAUUGUUGAUGACUGAUCCAGAUGCCCCAACACGUAGUAAUGCGACAUUUAGGGAAGUACGACAUUGGCUGGUUGUGAAUAUUCCUGGUAAUGAUAUUUCGAAAGGAAAUACUCUAUUUGAGUAUAUUGGUUCUGGCCCGCCCAAAGAUACUGGUUUACACCGAUAUGUAUUUUUAGUGUUUAAACAAAAAAAGGCGAUUGAAACUGACAAUUUGCCAGUUACAUCUAACAAAUCUCGCGAGGGACGAUUAAAAUCUAAGGCAAGGGAGCUUAUUGAAAAAUUCGAAUUACAGGAUGUAAUAGCAGGCAAUUUUUAUCAAGCUCAAUUUGAUGAUUACGUUCCAAUACUACACGCACAAUUAGGGGGUGCACCACCAAAACCAUGAUUUUUUUUAUGAAUAUUUUUAUAAUUUGUUUGUCUGUUUUAAUCGAUUUGUACAUGCAUGCAUAGCUAAGUAUUUAUAUGUACGAUGUAAUUUUUUUUAUUAAAUAAUUUUAAUAACAUUACUUUUGUACAUAUGUAUGU